GACUCCAAAUUUGCCUUACUCUCAUCUGAUCAUGAUUUAUUCAAAGGAACUUCGCAAAAUAAUGAACAGGGGUUUAAAAGACUUUUGAAUAUUAUAAUAUUAGAAAAGAAAGAUUACAUGACAUUUAUAAACAAGAUAUUGAAAAAUCAAAAACUAGAAUUAUAA